GGUUUCAACGCGUAUCCUCUGGGUUGAGGGAGUAGCUAGCCAGCUAGUUACUUUUUUUUUUAUCGGAGGAGUUUUUCUACUUGAUCUACGCCAACGAAGUGUUAUUUAAGAAGACUUACUUUAACGUUUCUCAAAUCCACGAUGAAUCCUGAAUAUGACUAUUUAUUCAAGCUGCUCUUGAUUGGUGACUCUGGUGUUGGAAAGUCUUGCCUUCUCCUCCGAUUUGCAGAUGACACAUACACAGAAAGCUACAUUAGUACUAUCGGUGUGGACUUCAAAAUACGAACUAUAGAGUUAGAUGGAAAGACCAUCAAACUUCAAAUCUGGGACACAGCAGGGCAGGAGAGGUUUCGCACAAUCACAUCAAGCUACUACAGAGGAGCACAUGGCAUUAUCGUAGUCUACGAUGUUACAGACCAGGAGUCUUUCAAUAAUGUUAAACAGUGGCUACAGGAGAUAGACCGCUAUGCCAGUGAAAAUGUUAACAAGUUAUUGGUGGGAAACAAAUGUGACUUAACAACGAAAAAAGUGGUGGACUACACAACGGCAAAGGAAUUUGCUGACUCCCUUGGCAUCCCUUUCUUGGAAACUAGCGCUAAAAAUGCCACUAAUGUGGAACAAGCCUUCAUGACUAUGGCUGCUGAGAUCAAGAAGAGAAUGGGCCCUGGAGCCACAGCUGGAGGCACUGAGAAGUCCAAGGUGAAUAUUCAGAGUACUCCAGUGAAGCCUGCUGCUGGAGGUUGCUGCUGAGGCCUCCUGUCUCUUUUUUUCCAAAGCCCUCGCCCCCAGUAUCACAUGGAACAAGCCCCAGAGAAAGAGAGGUAGACCACUUAUUAAUCGAGAGACAAGGGUGAGAUUGAGAGACCGGAAACAAUUUAAGUUGCCUAAAUUGUACUGUAUGUAGCCGCACUACCAAAAAACAUAGAAGAAUCUGCCACCGCUCUGGCCCUUCCCCUUUCACAAGUUAAAGUCAGAUAUUUGGUCAUGGUCUGGGGCCACUUUGAGCCAACCCCACCCCAAAACAAGACAGUUAAUUUUCACACAACUGUGUGUCUUGUGUGCAGGUUUCUAAGAAAUGUUUCUCACUGCAUUCCUACUGCAGGUCUACUGUGGUCAUAAUUCAAUGACUGUUCUUUUUUCUGUCCUUCUGAUUUCUUACUUUUUCUGUGUUGAUUAUUUUACUGUUUAUAUUGGCAUAUGUAGGUUUUUGUCCCCUUUUCAGGUGUUUUGCCAAUCAGCGUUUCAACCAACCACACAACAAUGUCAAAACGUCUAGCAAAAUAUAUGUACAUAUACAUUAUGUAUGUGUGUGUGAGAUAUAUAAACAAAGAUCGGAACUGCCAGUUCUUUUGAAUGGAAUACAUUUAUCUAAGUAGUUUUACUUUCGAUUCUUUUGCAUUUAAUUUGUGGCUGCAGAAUAUUGUAAUUUUGAUGCGCUACAUGUAACAUUUAAUUAAGAAAUAAAUGUUGUACUACCAGUCUGUACAAUAUCAGCUAUGUCUGCGAUUCUUGAUAGAACAAUUAGAAGCCAUGUAUGUAUUUUGAUUAUUUAUUCAACAUUCAUAUGAAAGAAAUAUUGUUCUGGUAAUCUUAAAUCAAUUUUAAAUUAGCCAUUACCUGUGGAAUAUCUUGAAAGUGGCACAACUGCGUAAAACACUAUGUUCUUUUUUCAUAAUAAAGGCAACUAAAACCUGCUUUGAAUUAACUUAACAAUAUCAUGUCUAGUUCAUUGGGUUGCCUGAGGCAUAAGAAUAAUUUUUCAUAUUAACUCUUACACUGCAUGUUUUUGAUAUACCUCGUACCUCUUAACACAAAAUGCUUGUUUCAAGAAAUUAGUAAUUAGUCAUUUUUGAAAUUAUGAAGAUAUUAGACAAACGACUUACCAAGAUUGUUCAAAUGCAAAUGAAACAAAAACAUAUAGGUGGAUUCUGACACUUAAAGAACACUUAUGGCAAAUAAAAAAUGUAAAACACCUCAAAA